UUUUAUCUUUGUCUAGUUGGAUUUUCUUUGGGCCGGAUUUUUCCGAUUGUCCGUAAAAAUAAACCAUUAUUUAGGACGAAAAUUAGUUUAAAUUUUAAAGUUCAUUAAAAGAUGUCGGCGGAUGUUCAAAAUUUUGAGUGGGCCUUGAAAAAUGGCGAUCUAGAUCAAGUGAAAGCUCUCGUCGAAAAGGACAAAAGAUUAGUGAAUUUGCAACUAUCGACUGGCCGCUAUCCACUUUGCAUGGCAGCUGAUUACGGACAGAUUGACAUCAUUGAGUUUCUUGUAUCUCAAAAUGCUGACAUCAAUGUCAAAGAUCGCCACGGAAUAUCACCUCUGCUAUCGGCCAUCUAUGAAGGGCACAUCAACUGCGUUAAGUAUCUCAUUGAAAAGGGUGCCUCAAAAAUAGGAAAAGCUCCAGACGGUACCCCAUACGCCGACUGCACAGAUGUCAAGGAAAUAAAACAGCUAUUAUCAUAGUUUAUUCUUCGAAAUGUGGCCAAAUACAAUAGAAAUAAAUGAUCAGAUAAAAAUUUAAUCCAUUAAUUUGUUAUUUCCUCUUGUUAUUCUUCCAUUGUUAGACACAUAAAUACACACACAUACAUAUAUACAAACACAUUAUAAAUACACACACACACAUACAUAUACACAUACAUACAUAAAAACACAUUUAACGCAUACAAACACAUUUAGAGUUUAAUUUUUUUCAAAUUUUCAUUUAUAAAUAUUUCAUUGUUGUUUUUGAUUAUCGGAACACUUUCAAUGAUAAAAACAUUCAUACAUAGAUAGAUAAAUUGAUUGAUACAAACAGACAAACAAAUACAGUACAUAGGUAAAAAAAUACACACACAUACACACACACACAAGAUGGUGGGUAAUGACAAAUACGUGUCUCUCCCAUUGAAAUAAUUCCUUCCCCAUGAUUGGAUGAUUUAGAUCAUAUUUAUUUUCAUGGUAGAGUUUUUUUAUUGUCUAUACUUGUAUUGUUGAUCUUAAUAUAUAUAUAUAUAUAUAUAUAUAUAUAUAUAUAUAUAGGAUUGAGACUAUCUGAUAUAUAAAUAUAUAUAUAUAUAUAUAUUAGAGGCGAUAUAUAUAUAUAUAUAUAUUUAAAUAUAUAUAUAAUAUAUAUAUAUACAUAUAUAUAUAGGAUUAAGACUCAAUAAUUGCAUAUAUAAUAUAUAUAUAUAUAUAUAUAUAUACGUAUAAUGAUGAAAAUGACAACACUAAUGAAAUUAAUAUUAGUAGUAAUGGUAAUGAAUGUAAAAUUUUUGAAAGGACCAUAAUUGCUUAUUAGUGAAUUAAUUCAUUAAUUAAUUCAUCAUUCAUCCAUCUCUUUUCCCGCUUAUUUGUACGUAAUUAUUUUUUAUUUAUAUUGUUAAUUAUAGUUACAGUUAUUAUUAUUUUUAUUUAUUUAACAUAGAAUUGUUCCGGAUUUGUUUGAAGUAUUAAUUUGAAAUGAAAUACAAAUUAAGGAGCUCCAUUGUU